CUCGCGAGAGGUGUGGGUCUGCCGGUACGCGUGUGUGAGGAGGGUGGCGUGAGGGAAAGGUGGCGGAAGCUCCGCUCACUCCUCUGCUUCGCCCCGCGCAUCCCUCGGCUCUCUCCUGGUUUGAGGAGAGCGUCGGAAGGCAGUGGUCAGGCUCGAGGGAGAGUUUUGGGGGAUUUUUUUUCUCCCUCACUCCAUCCGGCGCCGUUUUGUUAAGCUUGUUCGCCAGCUCCGCCCCCCCGCGGGCCGGGUUCUGAGCCUCUCCUUCCCCACGCGUCCCCACGGGCGACCAGGACGAAAAUGGGGAAGGCAGCCAAGUGGAAGAGAAAGGCCCCGGCGGCCUCCGCAGCCAAGGGCCCCCUUAAGUCAGCAUUGGCCAUGGUCAGAAGCAACCCCUUUGAGGUGAAGGUCAACAGGCAAAAGUUUAACAUCUUGGGGAGGAAGACCAAGAAUGAUGUGGGGCUGCCCGGUGUCUCACGGUCCAAGGCCAUCAAGAAGCGUACCCAAACAUUACUGAAAGAAUAUAAAGAAAGGGAAAAGGCAAAUGUGUUCAAAGAUAAACGUUUUGGUGAAUAUAACACCAAAAUAAGUCCAGAGGAAAAGAUGCUGAGACGAUUCGCCUUGGAAAGACAGAAAAAUUAUGGAAAGAAGAGUAUUUAUAAUCUUAAUGAAGAUGAAGAAUUGACUCACUAUGGCCAAUCUUUGGCAGAAAUUGAAAAACUAAAUGAUAUUGUUGAUAGUGACAGUGACACAGAAGAAAGAGGAACACUCUCAGCUGAAUUAACUGCUGCUCACUUUGGAGGGGGUGGAGGCCUCCUCCGUAAAAAAGCAUCAAGCACCCAGCAAGAUGAAGAGGAGGAAAAACCUAAAUCUAGGAAGGAACUCAUAGAAGAGAUGAUAGCCAAAUCUAAACAAGAAAAGCAAGAGAGGCAAACACGUAGAGAAAGUGCAAUAGAACUCACAGAAAAGCUUGACAAUGACUGGAAGGAAAUCCAAACCCUUAUGGUCCGCAAAACCCCAAAUUCAGAGAGAAAGGACAAGGAAGUAGAAAAACCCAAGCAUGAUGAGUAUGAUAUGAUUGUUCGUGAACUUGGAUUCGAGAUGAAAGCAAAACCUUCAGAAAGGAUGAAGACAGAAGAAGAACUGGCAAAAGAAGAACAGGCACGUCUCCAGAAGCUGGAGGCAGAUCGACUACGUCGAAUGCGUGGAAUAGAUGAAGAGGCAAAUAAAAAGAAACCCAGCCAUGUGUCAGCUGAUGAUCUAGCUGAUGGAUUUAUCCUGGAUAAUGAUGACAGACGUUUAUUGUCUUAUAAGGAUGGAAAAAUUAAUAUUGAAAAUGUAGAGGAAGAGAAAGAUGAGGAAGAGGAAGGUGGGGAGGAAGAUGAUGACAAUGAAGAAGAAAGUGAAGAAGAAUCUGAUAAUGAAAAUGAGGAGGAUAGUGCUGCAGAUGGACAUUCUGAUCUUGAAUCUGACCUUGAGAGUGAAGAAGAAGGAGCAGGGAAUAAAGAACAGAAGAAACAAAAGACAAAUGAAAGUGAAUCACAGAAUGUGGAGGAACUAGAUCCAAAAGUGGAAGAAGCCAAAUCAGAGCUUCCCUAUACAUUUGCUGCUCCUGAGUCCUAUGAGACCUUUAAGUCUUUAUUGGCUGGAAGAACAAUAGAACAACAGCUGAUUAUACUGGAGAGAAUUCAAAAAUGCAAUCAUCCAAGCCUUGCAGUUGGAAACAAAGCGAAGUUGGAAAAGUUGUUUGGCUUCCUUUUGGAGUAUAUUGGCGAGUUAGCUACUCUGGAUUUACCAGAGCUCAGAACAAUUGACAAGCUGGUCCUGCCAUUGUACAAUCUUUGCCAGAUGUUUCCUGAGGCAGCCAGUGACAGUAUUAAGUUUAUCCUUCGAGACGCUGCACAUGAUAUGGAAGAAGUUCUUGAAGUCAAAGGCCGAGCAACAUUUCCAGGCUUAGACACGCUUAUUUAUUUGAAAAUUAUAUCUCUGCUGUUUCCAACUUCUGACUUCUGGCAUCCUGUUGUAACACCUGCUUUUAUGUACAUGAGCCAGCUACUUAGUAAGUGUCGUGUUACAACAUUGCAAGAUGUUAUUAAAGGGUUAUUUAUAUGCUGUUUGUUCCUGGAAUAUGUAUCACUUUCCAGAAGACUUGUGCCAGAACUCAUCAAUUUUCUUCUUGGAGUACUUCAUAUAUCUCUACCCAAAAAACGAGCCCAACGCUAUACUGUAGUGCAUCCAUUUACACCAGUGGGGAAAAACGUAGAACUACUUUUGGUGUGUGAUAAGAAGGAUCUGGAAAGUUGGCAGAAGCAAAAUCUACCACUGAGUAUUGUGAGUAGGUUAAAUGAAACCAGCAGAACAGAAAUUAAUCAUAUCAGGUUAUCAUGUCUAGCCUUGUGCUUUGACCUUAUUAAAAAAUGUGCAGCUAUGUAUGAGUAUUUGCCAUCGUUCCAUGAAAUAAUGCAUCCUAUCAGAAUUCUGCUUACACAACAUUUGCCAGUGAGUGAUUAUCCUGAAAAAAUGCAGGAAUUGUAUCACAGUGUUCUGAAAGAGCUAGAGGACAAAGAAAAACAUUAUACCCCACUGAUAUGUGAAAAAAAGAAGCCAGUGCCAUUGAAACAGUACACACCUAAAAUAGUGAAAGUUUUAGAGUUUGGAAGAAAGCAGGGAAGCAGCAAGAAGGAGCAAGAAAGAAAGCAGUUGAUUAAGAGGCAUAAACGUGAACUUAAAGGAGCCAUUCGUGAGAUUCGGAAAGAUAAUAAGUUUCUGGCUAGAAUACAACUUUCAGAAAUCAUGGAGAGAGAUUCAGCCAGAAAAAGAAAAGUGAAAGAGCUUCUUGGUAGUCUUGCUACGCAGGAAGGUGAAUGGAAAGCAAUGAAAAGGAAAAAAGGGAAGAAUUAAUUGGGAAUAAUUACAGCAGGAAACUUUGGGUUUACUGCCAUAUAAAACAUGCCAAUCCUAUGGCUUUCAAACAGAUUUUAAUUUAAUUCUUUGGGUGCAUUCCUUUUGAGGACACAACGUCAUUAGAUCUGUCUGAAAAAGCGAACCUGUUUUUUAGAAAAAUUCACAGGUUUUCAUAAUAAAAGUAAAACUUUUGUAUGUGGUAUACUUACGUUUAUUUUAAUGGAGAAUACUUGGAUGAAUAAUCAGAAUUCUUAAGUGUGUGUGUUACCAGGUUUUAGUCCAACUUGAACUAUGCACACAAAAAAUUUCACAGAAGAAAACUUUUGUUGUCUUUUUUAAUAUUGUGUAAUUGCAGGCAGCUCUUGCAGUGGUAGCAUAUUUGCAGUUUAAUCAGUUACAUUUUAUUAGCCUACAGCAUUGGGACAUUCUAAUUCAGGUAUUCAGUGGAGUAAUGAGAUCAGCUUUCAAAUAGAAGCUCUUUGUUGAAGCUGUACAUCCAUUCAUCUUCAGUAAGUAUUGAACUGAGUACAGCUCUGAACUUCUUUAUAAUCUAAGGUGCUUAACUGGAAUUCCUCAGAGUAUUGGUAACUGAUUUUAGUGGACGGUGAAAUCCUCACCUUUAUAUCAUAUAAAAAAUUUUCACCUUUAUAUCAUGUAUCUCUAAUUCCUGGUAACUGCCCAGCAAGACUGGAAAACAUCUACUCUUCAAAUAUAAACAAUAAAUACUUCUAACACUAUUUUAAAAACAUAGUUGUGAAGAAACAUUGCAAGGAGACAAAGAGUAUCACAGUUAUCUAAAAGUGCCAGUAUAAACUAGGUUGGUAAAGGCUUACCUAUGUUUCUUAACAGAGAAAAGUACUUCACUUGAAGAAAAGGGCUUUUACUGAUUCUCAGUGUGACUGUAUUAAUGCAAGUAAUGUGUGGUUACUGUCAGCUGUUUUGGCUUGCAAAAAAGUCGUGCUUAGUGUUAAAGCAGGCUGGAUACUAAGUACAUGUGGGCAACAGGGUCAAGUCACAUAAAAAUUAGUAAGAUUUCUGUGUUUCAGAUCCAUUCUUGCUUCUGGAAACCAUUAUAUUUUCAGUUGACGUUUGCAAAAUCAGUAAAGCUACCUCAGAAGAUUAAUGUGCCUCCUGUUUUAUUUCCGUUUGGCACAGUAUGGAUUUUUUUCUUUUAAAAAUAUAUUCCUUAAAACCAAUACUUUUAUAUAGUUUAAGUCAAAUACGUAAGUCUGAAGCAAUGAGGAAGGAGCUAACUUCCUAUUUUGUGCUAUAAAUCAGCACUUUCAGCUUGGGGUGUUAGUUCCCAGUAUUGUUAUUUUUUAUUUAUAUGACUAUCUUUCCUACAGCAAGUAUCUUCAGAGGAUUUAUCCAGCAGAGUAUUAGAAUCGCAUAGAAGCUGACAGAUGUGCUUUGAUCCUGGGGCAGUGAUUUUUCUUUUAUACCACUUGCACCUGCUUGUUACUCCUCAGUAAGAGUUAAGAUAGAAAUGAGGGGAGAGACAGAAGUGUGAUGGAAGGAUAGUAUGUGUGAGAAAGGACAUUUUUUGGGACGAGAGAAUGAACAGAGUUCUCUUGCAGUGCUAUGAACAAAGCUAAAGGACAUGAAAAGAGUUAAAAACUUACAUGACUGUUUUAGAAUGCCAAAAUUAAAGUAAUUGCUUGAAAUUGUGCUGAGUGAAAAUCACUGCAUGCACUUUUACAGAUUGUAUUGUCAGUAUUUAAAACAAGAUUUAAUAUUAUGAAUCAGACUAAUAGUGAUGCUUAUUAAUGUAUAUUUUACAUAACCUACUGAAACAGGACUACCUAGUCUUCAUCAGCUUAGUAUUGCCCCAGAGUUUUGACAUCAGAGUGGUGGUGCUGUGAUAUUAUAGAAGGUGGUAGUAAGGUCUGGUCAUUUGGACUACAAAGGGCUUGGACAAGCUUGAGAAUCAGCAAAUCCUUUCUCACAGAGUUUUCUUGAAAACAAUUGCAUUCACCAGUUAUACUCUUGUCUCUGUGUUGCUUUUAUGUGAGGAAUUGUCCUAACAGGCCUUUUGACACAUCUGUUAUCAAUUAUAAAUCUAUUGUUAAUUAGCAAAAAAAAAAACCCCAAACUUACUAUGUAACUACAUUCAAGUCAUCAGGCACAAAAAAGGAAUUACCAUUUUGCCUUCAGUUCAGGUAACUUACCUCUCAACAUCAACUGUCCCAGAGAAUAGCUACCUUGAAUAUGAAUACUGUAAAGAAUGGAGUGAAAAUAAAAUAAAACCAUUUGGCUAGAAAUUGCAUAAAUUACCUUGUUUAUGACAACAUGAAAAGCUUUGGUGUUUUGAUUGUCAUUUGAAAGCUGGUAUGUGGUCUGAUAUUCUCAUCUGUGCCUUGCAGAAGUUAGAAUCCACGGUGGUGUAACCAUAUUCUGUGUAAGCCUUUCCUUUUUUUUCCAUCAUCUUUUAAUGUAUGGAGGUACUGAGGCUGCUCCUGAGUGCAACAAGUAGAGUUUAUUGUGGAAAAAAAAUGGAACUGCUGGGCAGAGGCUGGUGUCUCCAUUACUGCAUCCUGUUCAGCCAUAAGAGUUGGCAUGGCUGCUUUCCUUUUCAUGCGCCUUCUGGGCAUUUGGAAAAUGUAAACAAAAUCUAUGACAUAAAACAUUUAUCGGUUUUAGCAUAACUGUGAAGUGUUACAUAUUCAGGGUCCAAGUCCUUCCCACAAAUGUGCUUUUUUUGGUCUACAAGUUUGUCACCUAAGCAACACUAUUACAUCUGUAGCCUUGUAUGUAUGAGAUGUGCCCUCUUCCAUAGUUAAAAUUGGUUCUUUUUGGAGUGG